AUGCCUCCCAACUCAUCGACCCCCCUCCGGGCAGCCUUUGAUGUGCUGCGACCCGUUAGACCCCGUCCGCUGUGCAAAUGCCUCAACUCUCAAUCUCUCCGACACAAAGCUCCCUCCGCCUCCACCUCCCGCCAUGUCUCGACUGCGAGUCCCAAUCUCUCUGAAAUGGAGGUUGAUGCCCAGCCAUCCCCGCGAUGGGCGCAGACGCCUCCUUCAAUGAAGGCACCUGUAAAGUCCCGAUUAAUCAACCCCGAUGUUACUCCUCUCGUCUGCAAUUCAGAUCCGCGCAGGCUGGACGACAUGUAUAUACGGUUUCUGGGGAAAGGAGGCGAUAAACUUCUAUCGGAUGAAGUCAAAUGGCUUGCAGUUACAGCAAAGAGCUUUGAUCAUGGCCGGCGUGGUUUCAACGAUCGGUUGGCGUUCUUGGGCAAGAGAAUACUAGAACUACAGUGCUCACUGGGCCUGUUGAGUAUGACGGACGAUGCGAAAUUUUACCUGAAAGAUGCCCAGCAUGACCCUUUUGGGCGAGAACAUUUCAAACAUCCUGCAACCAAUGCUGUGGAGGUUAUUUCUGGCGGCAGCCGGCAGCAUUUCACUCAUUACAAGUACCUAGCAAGCGUGGCUAAACAGUAUGGCAUUCCAGAAGUUGUCCGAUGGCAUCCCAAGAAGCCCGACAAUCUGGUUGCAUCUGGGUCUGAGGUGAUCCACGCUCAAGCACUGGCAGCGAUCAUAGGCGCCCUGGCUUUGGAACAAGGCAGUGCUGUAGCGAACCGAAUAGCGAAAGAGAAGGUGCUCAUGCUGGGGUCAAAAAGAUACAUCAAGGAAAGCAAGGCAGAAGCAGCCUGA